AUGAAACAGCAGGAAGCAGCAAUAGCUGUGAUGAAACAGCACCGCACCAUCAUAGUGUGGCUCUAUGGUCAGGUUCUUUGGAACAGGAGGAAAGUUCGGGGCAUCAUCCGCGCACCCGUGUUCACCAUCUCUGUCAUCACGCUGAGCCGCUCAGUUCCGUUCGUUGACGGUACUCACAUUCGCGCUGUUUUAGACACUCGUUCAUGUUCUCCGUCCCCCCACCCUCUGUCUCUGCUGGAGCACUCCACGCCCAUUUCACGCAGGGACAAAGAGCUUCAGAGCAAAAGUUCCUCCACCUUAAAAACUCCUGAACAGACAAAUCCCUACGCAGAACUGCAUAACAGUGCAUUGGGUGAGAAUCUGCACCUGAAUGAACAGAUGGAUGAAGCUCAGUCUCUUUGUGACAGGAGGAGGGAGGGCAGUCUCCUCAACACGUUGAGUCAAACUUUUCGGGGGCUUGAAGCUGUCAGACGCUGCAGAUAUCAUCACAUUGGAGCGGUGGUGGGUGGCGGGACAUGCACAGGAGAAGAACCAGGAAGAGGCGGAGGAGAGGAAAUGCAGAGAGGGAGUGAAGAAGGGAUGCUCAGUCCAGCAGGUCAAAGAGAGGAUGAAGAGAGUAGUAGAAAUGCUGAUAGAGAGCGAGAGGUGGAGGAGGAGGAGUGCAAGAAGAAAGUUCUGGGAGUGCUGAGGGAGCUGAGUGUUUUUCAUGCAGACAGAGUGACAGCGUGGAGAGAAGUUCUCAGAGAAUGUGCCCACAUGUUCCCCGAGUCUCCAGCAGGGGGCAGUGAUCAGCAACAUCCAUCUACAACAGAUAGCGAAUGUCAAGGUCAAGUCACACCUUGUCCAGACUCCUUCAGUGAUACCUGUCUGAGUGUUGGGGAGGACAUAAAGAACAUUAUAGACAAACUGAACACAAUCAGAACUAAGCUGGAUGAAGAAAUACUCAAGUCAUGUGAGGAGGAGGCCUCACCUGUGGGUGCAGCCCUUCAGGUGACCGGAGAUCCAAAAACAUCAGCGCAACCUGAAGAUGACAACAACCCCUUGAACUCCCAUAAUCCCCUUGAAUUUGACUCUGGAUUUACAGAGGAAGUUGAAGAUGGAGAUGAUCAAAGUCAUACGAUGUCAUCACUUGAUACUGAACAAACAUCGGACUCCAGAUUCAGUAGUUCUGACUGCAACAAUGUGGAAGAGACAGGGAAAGAAUUACUGGUCAAAAAUCAAGGGACUGAUAAUGAGGACUGUGUUUCUCCAGAUAGACAGAAAGAUUUCUGUGAGGAAACAGAAAAGGACACGAAUAGGGUAAAUGACAAGGGCAAAGAGGAGAUGAAUAACGAAUGGAUCACAGUAGGGCUCAUAGGUCAACAGGAGGACAGCCGUUCAGAUGUACCAGACACAUGCUUUAUCAGAGCACCUAUGGGUGUGGCUGAAGUCCUGAGAUGCGAGGUGGCCGACACCCUGAGCUGCCUGAUGGUGGCCGGCUCGGAGGAGCUGGUUAGCAGAGUGAUCAGGGUCCAAGCUCAGGACGGAGCUAACCUCCACUUCCCUGUGACCGUGGUUGUGCCCUUCUGUGCACGUUACCGUGGCAACUAUAGGGAUGUUGCUGUGAAGAUAGUUGAUGGGGAGAGGAGGGCAAGUUACAUCACUCCUGUAACAACAGAGGGCCCGUAUGGAGGGCAGAGGGGCUCAUUUGCAGAGGUGAGGGUGUACACCCUGGGCCUGUUUGCAGUGGUUUCCUGUCUGAAAAGAGAAAAUUACACAGUUCCUUCAAAGGGUUUGUCCCUCAAGCUCCCCAUGGACCCCCGAAUUUGUCUGAACUACCUCCCAGGAUCCUUCACUGCCCCAGUAAUGGCACAAACCAUGAUCCAGACAGUAGAUACCGUCCUUCUGGGUGCCAUCAAGUCCAGAAGUGACGCCUACCAGUCGGUGGUGUCUACAAGUCCACUACUCUACCUCACCCAUCCAUCCUCUCAGCCCCUGAGAAGACCCCUCACUCUCACCCUUCCCUGUCCCCCGAACCCUGAAAAGAAGAGGCACAGAAGAGGACAAGGGGAGGAGUAUGACAAUCAGUCUCGGCCUGUUGGUGCCUUUUCACCGUGGGAUCAACCUGCUUCCCACAGAAGGAGGGUCCUGGGUGCCUCUCUGAAGUCUAAGGAAAUGUCCAAUGAGCUGCUGAUUGCUCUGGGUUCAAGGGACAAACAGUGGAGCGUCCUGGACAAAGUCACAGUCAGGAACCAGCAAAACGGACUGGUGUCCUUAGAGUUGAUCGAGCACUUUGAGAGACUGCUGGUGGUUCGUCUUCACUCUCCGCUGCAGCCGUGCCAUCUCACCUCCCUGGCGGUGGAGCUGGAGGAGUCGGUCUGCUGCCACGCGGUCACCGUCGUGCUCCAGCGUAGACCGGAUGAGCCUCACACCGUCCUGGUGGCGGCUCUGCCCAGCAGAGACCUCAGCUGGGAGCUGUCAAAACUCCAAGCUCAGGGCUACGGGGGCCUCCCAGAGACCUCGUCUGAGAUCUCAAUGUGUGAAGGAGACCAGCUUCUCCUCCGUUUCAGUGGCAACAUCACUUCCACAGGAACUCAGAACGGCCGACGUGAUCUCCCACACGAGCGAAUCACCUUUCACAGUCAGCAGAAGAAUCACCUCUCGGUGCAUCUAACAGAAGUGGACCCGUUUGGGAACUACAGCUCCCCACACUACAAGGGCACGGCCAUGUUUUAUAAGGUCACCAGAGGUCAGAUGGAGUGGCGAGGUGGCAGACCAGUCCCCACGGACACAAAACUCUUGGGAGAUCCCGUUUGUAAGCUGUCUCUGACUUUACCCAAGAAAGUGAGAACCAUCAAUCGGCCCAUCAUAGCCAGGGUGAAGUUAUGCGAGGAGACAGAUUCCCUGUCAGACUCUCUCCUUCUCUGGCUGUCUGGGGAGCUAUCAGAGGAGGAAGUAGCCCUUCUGGUGCUGUCCCUGCGUCUCCGCCGUAGCGCUGCUCAGCUGGUGAAGCUCAGGGCUGGGGACAGCCUGUCCACCCAGGCCUUCCAUGUCCUGGCCAUGUGGAGGAGAGGCCUGCCCGCUGCCGCACACCAACCCAAAGCCUCUCAGCUGGCUCACUGCUUGGCCAAGAGCGGCAGGCCGGACCUGGCCAGAGAGCUGUUGCUGCGACAGGCUGCAGCCACCAGGCCGGGCUCACUGAGAACAGGAAGCUUAAAAAGUAGAACUCACACAGCUUUUUAA